AUGCUGAGCCUGAAGCUUGCUUCACAUGUAGUCGUCUCUCUCGUGAAAAACUAUCCAAACUAUCUGAUUAUAAAUCUAGAUAAGCUCGACUACUGUGCAAGCUUGAAGAAUCUUGAAACUGUCUCUGAGAAGGAAAACUACAAGUUUAUCCAGGGAGAUAUUUGUGAACCUGAUUUUAUUAAACAGCUCUUUGAAACUGAGAAAAUAGAUAUAGUCCUUCAUUUUGCAGCCCAAACACAUGUAGAUCUUUCAUUUUGGCAUGCCCUGGAAUUCACCUAUGUGAAUGUUUAUGGCACUAAUGUGCUGGUUGCUGCUGCGCAUGAAGCCAAUGUGGAGAAGUUUGUCUAUGUUAGUACAGAUGAAGUAUAUGGAGGUAGCACUGAUGAGGAAUUUGAUGAAUCUUCACCAAAACGGCCAACAAAUCCCUAUGCUUCCUCCAAAGCAGCUGCAGAGUGUUUUGUUCAGUCUUACUGGGAGAGGUACCAAUUCCCAGUUGUUAUCACACGGAGCAGUAACGUGUAUGGACCACACCAGUACCCAGAAAAAGUUAUUCCAAAAUUUAUAUCCUUGUUGCAACAGAACAGAAAAUGCUGUAUUCAUGGUUCUGGACUUCAAAGAAGGAAUUUCCUUUAUGCAACUGAUGUGGUAGAAGCAUUCCUUACUGUCCUGAAGGAGGGGAAGCCAGGUGAAAUUUAUAACAUUGGAACUAACUUUGAGAUGUCCAUUGCCCAGCUUGCUAAGGAGUUAAUCCAUCUAAUAAAGAAGACCAGUUCGGAAUCUGAAAUGGAACACUGGAUGGAUUAUGUCAAGGACAGACCUACCAAUGACCUGAGAUACCCAAUGAAUUCACAAAAAAUGCACAACUUGGGAUGGAGACCUAAAGUGCCUUGGAAAGAAGGGAUAAAGAAAACAAUUGAAUGGUACAAAGAAAACUUUCACAACUGGAAAAACUCAGAGAAAGCUUUGGAGCCCUUUCCUGUGACAGAGCCAUUUGCACAGCUCAGUGGUCCAUAGGGUGGCAGAGAACCUGAAGGAAUUUAUUCUACCUCAUACCCUCUUUUCUUUGAAGCCUGCAAUCAAGUGGCCACACUGAACUCUUAAUGUAUUCAGGAUACAUGGACCAUGAUGAAUACAGAACUACAGUACGGCACAACUUUGGAAGGGUUUCAGCACUUUAUAGGUUGAACCUGUUAAUUUCAGCUUUUAGUGCAAUAAGAUGUCCUCGCUAGGUGUUGAUUUUAAAGAACUGCACAGGGUGAAGAA